UGAAUUAGGGUUUUUUUUUGUUCCUUCUUCUCUCUCAUAUAUACGAUUUUGCCGCAGAGAAGCACAAAAUCACGAAACCCUAAGCUAUGGCGACCCAACCGGCGAAAGAGUCAGUUCAAUGCUUCGGAAGGAAGAAGACGGCCGUUGCCGUCACCCACUGCAAACGCGGUACUGGUCUGAUCAAGCUCAAUGGUUCGCCGAUCGAGCUUCAUCAGCCAGAGAUCCUCCGAUUCAAGAUCUUCGAGCCAAUCCUUCUCCUCGGAAAACACCGUUUCGCCGGAGUUGACAUGAGAAUCCGUGUCAACGGUGGUGGUAACACAUCUCAGGUGUACGCAAUCCGUCAGAGCAUCGCAAAGGCCCUCGUUGCUUACUACCAGAAGUAUGUGGAUGAGCAGUCGAAGAAGGAGAUUAAGGAUAUCUUGGUGAGGUACGAUAGGACUCUACUUGUUGCGGAUCCGAGGAGGUGCGAGCCGAAGAAGUUUGGUGGUCGUGGUGCUCGUGCUCGUUUCCAGAAGAGUUACCGUUAAAAAAAAAAUAAACUGGUUUGGUUUUUUUUUUUUUUCUCUAUCAAACGUUUUGGGAGUAUGAAUGAAUGUGUUGAAAUUGUGAGACUUUUAGAUUCUAUUUUGCGUUUAUUUUAAUGGGUUCAAGAACUUGUCUUUCUACAAUGUUCACUUUAUCUUCAAGCUAUUUCCUUUUUGUAUCUCUGGAAUUGAUAAAUUAUGUCGUGGUCACUCUUUUUUUACUCGUUACUACUUGUGAAA